UCCCUCCUCCCGAUGGACUAAUUAUCAAUGGAGGUGGCCCAAAUUAUGUUACCUUUACUGGAAUUAGAGGACAAACAUACAUGUUUAGGGUGUCAAAUGUGGGCAUGGCAACAUCAAUAAACUUCAAGAUCCAAGACCAUAAGUUGACUCUGGUUGAAGUGGAAGGUGGCCACACAGUUCAAAACCAAUACGACUCCUUUGACAUCCAUGUUGGCCAAUCUGUGGCGUUUUUGGUCACUUUAGACAGAGAUGUUAAAGAUUACUACAUUGUGGCAUCUUCUCGCUUUGUAAAGCCGGUUCUUAAUGCUAUAUCAAUCCUUCAUUAUGAUGGAUCCACAACCAAAGCUGUAGGACAGUUGCCUCAUGCUCCAGCAGGUCAAUAUCCCUGGUCAAUGCGGCAAGCCAUGGCUCUCAGGUGGAAUUUGACGGCAAAUGGAGCAAGGCCUAACCCACAGGGGUCGUUCCGUUACGGAAGGAUCCAUACGAGGAGGACCAUUGUACUAGCCAACUCCAAAGAGGUUAUUGACGGGAGAAGACGUUAUGCCAUCAAUAAGGUCUCUUACGUUGACCCAUCGACGCCAUUAAAACUUGCCGAUUGGCUCAACAUCACCGGAGUUUUCAACUUAAACACUAUCCAAGAUGUCCCCCCGCCAAGCGCCGCCGUUCUUGGCGUCGCCGUCUUUGGUUGUCAGCUUCACGACUUCACGGAAAUAAUAUUUCAGAAUGCCGAGAACACCCUCCAGUCUUAUCACCUCGAUGGCCAUGCCUUUUGGCCUGUUGCGUAUGCUCUCACCUCCUCUCUUCUA